UGAUGCCUCUGGAGCUUUUUCCCUUUAUAGCACCAUUGAAUCGGAGUCCUAACUGAAGUACUGUGAAUCUUGUGGCCUCAUUCUGAACAAAAGGGAUUAGAGAAGAAAAAUCUCUUGAUAUAAGGCUUGUAAGCAAGGGCGGGCAAUCUUGGUUGUGAAUAUUUUCUGAUUUUUCCAGAAAUCAAGCAGAAGAUUGAGCUGCUGAUGUCAGUUAACUCUGAGAAGUCGUCCUCUUCAGAAAGGCCGGAGCCUCAACAGAAAGCUCCUUUAGUUCCUCCUCCUCCACCACCGCCACCGCCGCCACCACUGCCAGACCCAGUACCCCCAGAGCCAGAAGAGGAGAUUCUGGGAUCGGACGAUGAGGAGCAGGAGGACCCCGCAGAUUACUGUAAAGGUGGCUAUCAUCCAGUGAAAAUUGGAGACCUCUUCAAUGGUCGCUAUCAUGUCAUUCGGAAGCUGGGAUGGGGCCACUUCUCCACUGUCUGGCUGUGCUGGGAUAUGCAAGGGAAAAGAUUUGUUGCAAUGAAAGUCGUAAAAAGUGCCCAGCAUUAUACAGAGACAGCCUUGGAUGAAAUUAAAUUGCUCAAAUGUGUUCGAGAAAGUGACCCCAGUGACCCAAACAAAGACAUGGUAGUCCAGCUAGUCGAUGACUUCAAGAUUUCAGGCAUGAAUGGGAUACAUGUCUGCAUGGUCUUUGAAGUACUUGGCCACCACCUCCUCAAAUGGAUAAUCAAAUCCAACUAUCAAGGCCUCCCUGUACGUUGUGUGAAAAGUAUCAUUCGACAGGUUCUUCAAGGGUUAGAUUAUCUACACAGUAAGUGCAAGAUAAUUCAUACCGACAUAAAGCCGGAAAACAUCUUGAUGUGUGUGGACGAUGCAUAUGUGCGAAGAAUGGCAGCUGAGGCCACUGAGUGGCAGAAAGCAGGUGCUCCUCCUCCCUCUGGGUCUGCAGUGAGUACGGCUCCACAGCAAAAACCUAUAGGAAAAAUAUCUAAAAACAAAAAGAAAAAGCUGAAAAAGAAACAGAAGAGACAGGCUGAGUUGUUGGAGAAACGCCUGCAGGAGAUUGAGGAACUGGAGCGAGAAGCUGAAAGGAAAAUCAUAGAGGAAAACAUCACCUCUGAUGGUCCUUCCAAUGAGCAAGAUGGUGAAUAUCACCCAGAAGUGAAACUAAAAGCAGCAGAACUAGAGGAGGCAGCUGAGGAAGGAACAGCAAAGGAUAAUGGUGAAGUUGAAGACCAGGAAGAGAAAGAAGAUACAGGGAAAGAAAAUGCUGAGAAGGAUGAAGAUGAUGUUGAACAGGAACUUGCAAACAUAGACCCUACAUGGAUGGAGUCCCCUAAAGCCAAUGGCCAUAUUGAAAAUGGCCCGUUUUCACUGGAACAGCAGCUGGAGGAUGAAGAGGAUGAGGAAGAUGACUGUGCAAAUCCCGAGGAGUAUAACCUAGAUGAGCCAAAUGCAGAGAGUGAUUACACAUAUGGCAGCUCCUAUGAACAAUUCAAUGGUGAAUUGCCAAACGGACAACCUAAGAGCCCAGAGUUUUCCACAUCAUUGUUUUCUGGGCCCUUAGAACCUGUGGCCUGUGGCUCUGUGCUCUCAGAGGAAUCACCACUUACUGAGCAAGAGGAAAGCAGUCCAUCCCAUGACAGAAGCAGGACAGUUUCAGCCUCUAGCACUGGAGAUUUGCCAAAAACAAAAACCCGAGCAGCUGACCUGUUGGUGAACCCUCUGGAUCCACGGAAUGCAGAUAAAAUUAGAGUAAAAAUCGCUGACCUGGGAAAUGCUUGUUGGGUGCAUAAACAUUUCACAGAGGAUAUCCAGACACGGCAGUAUAGGUCCAUAGAGGUGCUGAUAGGAGCAGGGUACAGUACACCUGCAGACAUUUGGAGUACAGCGUGCAUGGCAUUUGAGCUGGCAACAGGAGACUAUUUGUUCGAACCGCAUUCUGGGGAAGACUAUUCCAGGGAUGAAGACCACAUAGCCCACAUCAUAGAGCUGCUAGGCAGUAUCCCAAGGCACUUUGCUCUAUCUGGAAAAUAUUCUCGGGAAUUCUUCAAUCGCAGAGGAGAACUGCGGCACAUCACCAAGCUGAAGCCCUGGAGCCUCUUUGAUGUACUUGUGGAAAAGUAUGGCUGGCCCCAUGAAGAUGCUGAACACUUUACAGAUUUCCUGAUCCCAAUGUUAGAGAUGGUUCCAGAAAAGCGAGCCUCAGCUGGCGAAUGCCUUCGACAUCCUUGGUUGAAUUCUUAGCAGAUUCUACAAAUAUAGCAUUCUGAGCUAGCAAAUGUUUCCCAGUACAUUGGACCUAAACAGUGGCUCUCAUUCUUUAACAGGAUUACAAGUGAGCUGGCUUCACCCUCAGACCUUUGUUUUGCUUUGAGGUACUGUUGUCUGACACUUUGCUUCCUGUGCGCCAUGAUCCUGAGGAAGGGUAGGCUUUGUCUUCAGCUAAGUAGUUUACUGGCCAUUUUCUUCUAGAAACAAUAACAUGUCUCUAAGCAUUGUUUCUUGUGUUGUGUGACAUUCAAAUGUCAUUUUUUUUUUUUUUGAACGAAAAUACUUUCCCCUUGUGUUUUGGCAGGUUUUGUAACUAUUUAUGAAGACAUAUUUUAGCUGAGUAUUAUAUAAUUUACAAUCUUAAGAAAUUAUCAGUUGGAACCAAGAAAGAGCAAGGAAAUGUACAAUUUUAUCUUCUGGCAAAGGGAAAUCAUUCCUGUAUUAUAGUGUAUGUAACUAUUAAUUUGCAUAAAUAGGGGAUGAGGAUUCACAUUCAGAAAAGCUACUCAGUCCUGAGUGCUUUUUAGCCUACAUUGCAUGUUGCAGAUUUCCACUGCUUCAAGAAGUUAAACAAACUUUUCAUUCCAUAACAGUCCGUAUGGUUUUGGAUUAGGUGUCAUGCCCUCUGUGGCACUUUAAAGGAAGAAAAACUUGCUUCUCAUUCAAAAACUGACACUAUAAUCUAGCAGUUCCAUUUGUAUUUUGCAUAUUUUUAAAACUACUUUUAAAGUCUAAGUCAUUUCCCCUUAAAAUGUGAUGGCCCAGUACCGUGUAGUGUUGCCUCUUACCAGCACUGUAAGUUAAACACGUAGGUUAAAAUUGGGACAAGAGAGAUAUGUUCAGUGUGUGGAAUGAAAAAAUAAUAUAUUUUUGGAAAAGCAUGAUCGUGUUUGUCUAAAACACAAGGUGUGGCUUAUACAGUUUGCAACGCAGUGGACAGAACACUCCUCACAGCUUAAAGGUACCAGUGAUCAUGUUCAUUCCAUAGGCAGCUUUACUUGCUCCAGCAGUUUUCCUCGCCUUUUGUCUUUCCAUGAAUGAGAAAAUUAUUUUCCCUUUGUAGCCCGCAUACAGUUUUAGUUUAUGCAUUUCCUUAAAAUUAAUUGUAGAAUCCAGGAUACAAACCAUUAGUAGGCAAUACAGUUUUAGAAUGUAACAUAGAGAGGUAUAUUCAACCUCUUAGAAGUCAGUGGAUUGAAUGUCUUUUUUUUUAAAAAAAAAAAAAUUUAUUAAGGUGCCUCGUUUUUCUUGACUUUGUCCAUUAACAUUUAUCCAUCUGCCUUUGCAAUAAUUAGAUUGUGAAAAGCUAACAAGUGUUGUAACAAUAAUCCUUUGUUUGGGGUGCUUGCACUUGUCUUAAAACAUUAAAGUGUUUUGGGGUUUUUCCAGA